CGCUAUUUCCUGUGAUAGUGAGUGGGUCUACCGCAGUUCUACCCAGGAGAGGGAGGAGGAGAGUGAGCCGCUGGAUCCCGAACUGAAAACAAGCGCGGAGAAAUGUGCACGUCGUUUAGACCCGAUCGCUGCCCUCCACAUUUCACUAACGUAAACAUUAUCGUCUGAAGAACCACGUUUUCGACUUAGGACUUAAUUAAAACAUAGUUUUUAGUUACACCUAAAACCCUCGUGCCAGUCUCAUUCCCACGGUGAACCAUGGCGGAGAGAAGUGGCCGGCUGAGUUUCCCCGGGAGUGGGGCUCUCAAUAGACCCGUGCCCAUGAACCUGUUCGCUACCUGGGAAAUAGAUGGAUCUUCUCCGAGCUGCAUCCCAAGGCUGUGCAGUCUCACUCUGAAGAAGCUGGUGGUGUUGAGAGAGCUGGAUAAGGAGCUGAUCUCUGUGGUCCUUGCGGUGAAAAUCCAGGGUUCCAAGCGGAUCCUGAGGUCUCAUGAGAUAGUGCUGCCCCCUGCUGGACUGGUGGAAACAGACCUGGCUCUCACCUUCUCUCUGCAGUACCCUCAUUUCCUGAAGCGAGAGGGAAACAGGCUCCAGAUCCUGCUGCAGAGGAGGAAGAGGUAUAAGAACCGCACUAUCCUGGGCUACAAGACUCUGGCUGCAGGCUCCAUAGACAUGGCAGAGGUGAUGCAGCACCGCCCUGAGGGAGGCCAGAUGCUAGCUCUGUGCAGCCACCAGAAGGAAAUGCUGGGGAAGGUGGCGGAGAUCUGGAUCUCCUCCCUGUCCAGCCAGCCCAUCGACCACGAGGAGGCCGCGCUGCAGGGACAGAAGAUCAAAUGUUCUGAUAACUACUCGGAGGAGGAGUACGAGAGUUUCUCGUCCGAGCAGGAGGCCAGCGAUGAUGCUGUGCAGGGCCAGGACCUGGAAGAUGACGAGUAUGAUGUGAGGAAGCCAAAGAAGCAGAGGAGGUCUAUAGUCCGGACUGCCUCCAUCACCAGGCAGCAGAACUUUAAGCAGCGCGUCGUUGCUCUUCUGAAGCGCUUUAGGGUGUCAGAUGAGGUGGGUGCUUCAGAUGAGGUGUUGGAUUCGGAGCAGGACCCUGCAGAGCCACCCCCUGAGGUGGAGGAGGACCUGGAGAGUCUGGAGUUUGAGAACCCCAGCGACAGCGGCCCGGAGAUGGACGACGAUGACAGUGUUCUCAGCACCCCCAAACCCACACUUAAGCCAUAUUUCGAGGGUCUGUCCCUGUCCAGUUCUCAGACGGAGAUAGGCAGCAUCCACAGCAUCAGGAGUCACAGAGAGCCACCGAGCCCAAUGGACCCAGACAAAACCAAAAGUGGCAGCGCUAAAUUCCAGCAGGACAGCGUCUCUGACAACGUCUCUUUCGAGCUGCCAGAGGCGGUGACCCCCACCACUGAGCUGGAGAUGGACAACAUGGACACCUUCCUGGAGAGGCUCCCGCCCAGCGGGAAGAUGACCAAGACCGAGUCUCUCAUCAUUCCCUCCAACAGGCGAGAACCUAAGUUGGCAGGAAGAAGAGGAAGGAGCACGUCCCUGAAGGAGCGCCAGCCGAGCCGGCCGCAAAACGAGAGGGCCAACAGCCUGGACAACGAGCGGUCCCUGGACACACGCUGCCACCUACAGAUCCCCAGGAAGACGGUGUACGACCAGCUGAACCACAUCCUGGUGUCUGAUGACCACCUCCCUGACAGCAUCAUCCUCAUCAACACCUCCGACUGGCAGGGCCAGUAUCUAUCAGAUGUUCUUCAGAACCACCAUCUCCCGGUGGUCUGCACCUGCACCACAGCAGACAUCCAGGCUGCGUUCAACACCAUCGUAUCACGCAUCCAGAGAUUCUGUAACUGUAACUCCCAGACGCCCAUUCCCAUCAAGAUCGCCGUGGCGGGGGCGCAACACUACCUCAGCGCCGUGCUGCGGCUGUUUGUGGACCACCUCUCCCACAAGACCCCUGACUGGCUGGGCUACAUGAGGUUCCUCAUCAUCCCGCUGGGAUCUCAUCCUGUCUCCAAAUACCUGGGCACCAUCGACCAUCGCUACAACUGUUUGUUCCAAGACGCUGCCUGGAGAGACCUGUUCCAUAAGCCGGAGGCUGGAGUCCUGGGGCAGGAGAGUCCAGACGUGGUCUCCAGGGUUACCCAGUACAUGGUGGGGGCUAACGGAGCCCACCAGCUCCCCAUCGCCGAGGCCAUGCUCACCUACAAACAACGCAGGAAAAAGAGCUUUCAUUUUGAUUUUGCAGUAAGUCUCUCUGUGUCCUCACUGGGGGGCAGAUGGCAGUGGACUCAAAGCCCGGACGAGGACUCGUGCCAGAAGUUCAUCCCUUUCAUUGGGAUGGUGAAGGUUGGCAUUGUGGAGCAGACCUCAGCCACAUCAGGGGACUCUGAUGACGCGGCCCCAGUGGGCUCGGCCCUCCUCUCCUCCACUCCUCCACAAGUGUCUCCUGCACUGAAGGAGGCCUCCCCCACUCCUCCCUCUUCUCCCUCCGUCCAUACCAGCUUCAACAUUUGCAGUUCGCCGGGCGGGGGCCAGGGAGAGCUGAUGGGUCUGCAGGUGGACUACUGGGUGGCUCCAGCCGAGAGGAAGAGAGACGUGGAGAAGCGGGACUCCUCCUCCAAGAACACGCUGAAGUGCACCUUCCGCUCGCUGCAGGUCAGCAGGCUGCCUCAAGGGGGCGCCGACUGCAGCCCCCAGCCCACCAUGUCCAUGACAGUGGUGAUGAAGGAGAAGAACAAGAAAGUCAUGUUCCUGCCUAAAAAAACUAAAGACAAGGAGAUGGAGUCCAAGAGUCAGGUGAUUGACGGCAUCAGCCGUCUCAUUUGCACUGCCAAGCACCAGCAGACCAUGCUGAGAGUGUUGAUUGACGGUGUCGAGUGGAACGAUGUCAAGUUUUUCCAGUUGGCAGCACAGUGGUCUUCACACGUCAAACACUUCCCGAUCGGGAUCUUUGGACACACCAAAGGCCCUUACUAGUAGCCAAUGAGAGACUCGUAUGGAACCGAGGACAACUCCCUUUCCCUGUGUGCCAGUAGCCUUUAACCCCUCCCCCCCCACACGCCCUGAUCCCCAGACCCCGCUUUGGCACUUCAUCCCUUCCCUGGCUUCCAGCCCCCAGCCUCCGGCCCCCACGGUGCCUCUGUCCCUGUCCCCAGUCACCCUGCAUGCCCCCCCCCCCCCACUAAGCCUGGUCUCCAGUCCCUGAGCCCCCCUCUGGUCCCCUGCCACCCCCAUUACUGGACUCCAGUCCCCCUGCCCCACCCAAUCCCACCACGGCCUCCAGCUGUCCCACUGUCUUAAUUUAACCUACUUCUUCUGUUGUUUGUUUUAUAUAUUCAUCUUUUUGUGAGUGUUUGUCAUUUUUUUUUAUUUAUGUAAACACUUCUUGUGGCCUGAAUGUAAAGGGGAGAUCUUUUUUUCUCACCAAGCUUUUUAAAAAUCCUACUGAUGUUUUUUUGGUCUUUUGAUUGAAGAAAGACACAUUUUUAAUGAGCUAACGAUUAGAAUUUAUUGAAUUAAUGUCUAACAAUUAAGUUCCUGAGGUAUUCAUCCCUUAAGUGUUUAUUCUUUUUUUUUUACUUUGGCAAAGAUGGUUUAAAAUUCUUUGUCAGCACAAUUUAACAAUGUAACUAUUUAUCAAGAGUAUUUUGAAACCUAUAUAUCCCCGGAGAUAAAAACCAAAUGGAAGAGAGGUCUGUUCUCCUGGGUAGCACAGGGAGGAUGUCGGUCGUGAAAGACUUCAGCUCAAUCCCGUCUCUGGAACUCCACCGGCGUCAUCUGGUUUCACCUGAAGAAGACUGAGAUGUGCAAUAGAUGGUUUAUUCAAUGUGAACAAAAACUCCUGAGAAACUGCAAGUGACCCUGCACUGUUGGUUCAUGCACCUCUCCUGGCAUUUACGACUUUACAACUUUCUUUCUCUCUCUCUCUCUCUCUCUCUCUCUCUCUCUCUCUCUCUCUCUCUCUCUCUCUCUCUCUCUCUCUCUCUCUCUCUUUGUCUCUCUCUCCCAGCACUACUCUCAACACUCCAUUUAUAUUUGCAGCUAAUACAAUUGGUAAUGUUACUAAAUGAUUACUCAUAGAUUGCAGCUUUCAAUACCUGCCUCAAACUAUUGUCUUCUUCAUGAUGUACAGGUGAAUGUAAACAUUGAAGGUACCUUAAUGUAAAGCACUUUUAAAAUGCUUAGGUUAAUUAGAUUAUUAGUGGGGGUUUUACAUGCAUAAACAACUUGAUACCAAUGACUGCAGUUCACAAAGAUACAUAGAAAGUUACUGUUAUCUAUUACAGUUUAGAGCUGACAGUAUAAAAUACUAUGACAUGGCACAUUUCAUUUUAAGUAUUGCUAACCAUGAACCUGUACUUUAUCAGUAUUGUGCUAAAAGCAUCUUCAUCACGCUUGAUUAUCUGUUAGGCCUAACUGGACUAUAUAAAACAGCUGUAAUACAAUGCUUGUGAACAGUCGGCCUAAAUAGAAUGUUAGAAAAGGUAUAGAAACCAAUGCAACUUUUCACAUAACCUUUUACAGCUGUACAAUUUUGUUUCAUUUCCUACCUGUCCUGUGCAUAUGACAUGGUGUAACAUUUGUAGUUGUGUUUAUCCACAAAACAAGUAGGCCUAGCCGUAACAAAUAUUGCUUCUAAGUGCCACAGUUGCCUAUAUUUUAUAAUUUAUUUGGGUAGUUUCCAGGCUUGAACGCUUUGGGCCCAACUGUUGGAUGGGCUGCAAGUUUAGUGCAACACUUUUUAUUUCCUCAUCAAGGAGUAUGUUAAAUUGUUUCGCCUGAUGAAAAGUGGAUAGAUGGAUGCCCUGGAAACUACAAUCGUUAUCCCAAUGUUGAGAGUAAUAAAACUAGACACACUAAA